CCAACUCGAAUAAAUAUUUUAAUAAAUAUAAAAGUCAUUCCUAGUUCCUAAACCGUCUUUUCUCUCUCGAGGGUGAUUUUCAGUAGCCCUCCUCUUUGCAAUUUUCCAGUUCUAUUGAUUGUUUUUGGGGUCACCGACAUUUGUCGGUGGCUCUCGUGCCCCCUUAUUUAAUUUCUUUUUGAUUCAUAAUUCCAGUAAAGUAUUUUGAGAGUGGUCGUGAGAGAAAUAUCAAAACAAAAACAUGUUUUGUUUGUGUUUUCACGCCCAUCGAAGUGCAGUUUCUGGAAACUAUAUCAGAUUUCUUCCAGCAUCUCUUGCUAAGACUUUGUCAAACGUUUUGUGUUAAUUUCCGGUGGUUAUAGUUAAUCUGUGAUGACUGUCCGAUGGUUGAAACAAAUCUGAUAUGGAAACAACGUCCACCAAAAAAACCGGAAUGACAAGCUCGGCAGAGGGAGAAGACGAAAGAAUUGCGGUGGAUGCAGCGGGAGGAAGAAGAAGAGGAAGAGAGAAAGAUUGAAGAGUACCGUGAAAUCGGUUUGAGGUUGAAGGAAUUUCCUGAGGAAGACUUGAGGAAAGCUAGAAAGCUCGUCUCCAGCUUCAUCACUGCUGCUGAGGAAGUCGAAGAGAGAAUUGAAGAAGCUGCUGAGAAAGGAGAACUGGACGAGCUUGUUCUCAUGAUCAUAUGGAACCGCCUUGACCUCGCUCGCCGUGAUGACGAGAAGGACGCUAUAAGAAGUCUUGAUCUCUUGUAUAGAAGAGUCGAGGUAAUUGGGUUGAAAGUGAAUCCUUAUAUAUUUGGCUCAUUUCAGACAGAGAUCUUAAAACGGCAAGCAAGUCCUGCGAUGAAGCUGCUGAAUGAUCUUCUAAACAUGCAUGAUGGCUUUGGAGACGAUGCUUGGCUGAAAGACUGCAGAAAACGAAUGGCUGAGACAUUCCCACGGGAAGACCCCUUCAGCAUUCUAAUGCCACCCGGUUUCGACAUUGAUAUGCAUCAAGGACCGUUACGGUCGCUCGUUGAGACAGACAACACCCUUCUGAGAGUAGACUUUGUAAGAGAAGUUGAUGCAUUGCUGCAUGAAGUGAGAUUAAUAGAGGAAGACGAGGAGGAAGCUGGUAAGAAAGGAGACCCUGAAGCGAUAGCACGUAAGUUGAAGCAACAAGAGAAGAAGCGAACCAUCCGUCAAGUUGAAGCCCUUCUUGAUUUGGCCCUCAACUUGAAGUGGUAGGUUAGGUACCAAGAGUUGUUUGUAAAGAAAAUACGAUACUAAUAGGAUUGUGGGAGCAUCAUGCUUUUUCUUAAGGAAUAUUGGUCAGAUCAAAAUUUUACCCGCAUUAUUCUGCAUGAUGAGGGCUUGGAAGAA